GUCAACGCCCUGGACGGCUACAACCGAACGGCCCUUCACUACGCGGCGGAGAAGGACGAGACGUGCGUGGAGAUCCUGCUGGAGUACGGGGCCAACCCCGACGCGCUGGACGGCAACAAGGACACGCCGCUGCACUGGGCCGCCUUCAAGAACAACGCCGAGUGCGCGCGGGCGCUGCUGGAGAGCGGCGCCUCCGUCAACGCCCGCGACUACAACGCCGACACGCCGCUCAGCUGGGCCGCCAUGAAGGGCAACCUGGAGAGCGUCAGCGUCCUGCUGGACUUCGGGGCCGAGGUGCGGGUGGUCAACCUGAAAGGCCAGACCCCCAUCUCGCGGUUAGUGGCCUUACUGGUGCGGGGCUUGGGGACGGAGCGCGAGGAUUCCUGCUUCGAGCUUCUCCAUCGAGCGGUGGGACACUUGGAGCUGAGGAAGAACGGCAGCAUGCCCUGGGAGGUGGCGAGGGAUCAGCAGCUCUGCCAAAAGCUCACCCAGCUCUGCUCGGUGCCCGGCACCCUGCAGACGCUGGCGUGCCGGAUUCGGCGCCGGGAUCCACCGGUGCCGCUCACGGACGGCUCCGUGCGGGCUCUCCGCUCGCAGCGCCUGCUCCACGUGGCUCCUGUCCCGCGCUCUCCCUCCGAUUCCGGCCGCGUGGAAUGA